UCUUCCAUAAAUGAGAAACAAACGAACAUAAUCAUAAAAAACUAAUUUUUCAGUGCCUUUUUUUUUUAAUAGAGGAACAAUUUCCUUGUUUGAGAACUGCUAUUCAUGUACUAUUCCUCCCUGCUAAAAAGAGCAAUUGAGAAUCUCAAGAUUUGCCGUCGUACUGAACCUUUUUACUUUCAACCAUAUUAAACAUAACUAAUUCAGGGCUCAUGUUUCAUAUAUGUUGAUGUUAACAGUAUUUUAUAUCUAAUUGGUGUUCCCAUUAGUUUAGGGAUUUAUAAACAAACUCAAGUAGUUAGAGUCUACCCUAAUUUGAAGAGACUUCAGUGCCACAUCUUAUGAUUUAUGAACGAGUUUAAUAGGAUAUGUCUAUACUUACAAUCCUUUUAAACAUUGUACCCUCAUGCACUUUUUCAUUGACUAAUGUGGUCAUAGUCUCGGUUCUUGGGAAAUGGUCUCACAAAAGCGUAGAUAUUGUAAUUUUUUUCCUUUUUGCUCUUCUUUUCUUCUCAGGUAGUUCUUCUGGCACUUGAGGUGCAUGCAUGCAUAGCCAAAGACGACAAGCACUUCGUCCAGCUCCUUGUAUUUUUAGUUCAAAAUUUUCGAGUCGAUAAUUCUCUUCUGGAGAAACGUGGUGCUCUGAUAAUUCGCCGAUUGUGUGUACUAUUAGAUGCUGAAACAGUUUACCGAAAGCUAUCUACAAUUCUUGAAGCAGAAUCUGAUUUGGAUUUUGCAUCUAUUAUGGUUCAGGCUUUGAACUUGAUUUUGCUCACUUCGUCUGAGUUGUCUGGCCUUCGUGACCUCCUCAAACAAUCCCUGUUCAAUGAUGCUGGGAAAAAAUUAUUUCUUGCUUUAUAUGCCUCAUGGUGCCAUUCUGCAAUGGCUAUAAUAAGCCUUUGUUUAUUAGCUCAGACUUACCAGCACGCGAGUUCCGUCAUUCAAUCUCUGGUUGAGGAGGAUAUCAAUGUUAAGUUUUUAGUCCAGUUGGAUAAAUUGAUCCACCUUUUAGAGACUCCUACAUUUGCUUACCUUAGGCUACAGGUAAUAGUAGUUUUUUGAAUAGCACACGUGGUUGUCGAUUAGUCUGCUAGAUUUAUUCAUGUGCUGAUGAUCUAUAAUAAUUUUUUACUUAGUAUGUACAAAUACUAGGUCGAUUAUGAAUUCUUACUGACUUCUGUAUAUUAGACAGGAUUGAGGUUCCUUUGUGAUUAAUGUCUAGUUUCCAUCUAAGUUGUUUACCAUCCUGCUGACAAUAUUCUAUUGUUAAAGUGGAUUAAAUUUAUUCUAAGCAAAUGUGUUAGAGGUGUUGGAAUAUAGAAUAUGUUCACGAGAUGGAAUCCAGAGGGAGACAGUUUAGAAAGUUCAAUCUUAUCUAAAUUGUUAGGCUAGCUAGUUUAUGAAAUUAAAUUUGUUUGAAAAUAAUUGAAACUAAAGAUCAUAAGGAAAUUAACGUAGCAAAUUGAAAUGAGAAUUUAAAUUACCAAGGGUUUAACUUCAUAAUCUCUAAUCAUUGAGUAAUUCCCAAAAUUGGAUUGAAAACUCGAAAUCAAUCUAUUGUCAUCUCAUAAAUCUAACAAUGAAUGCAAGUUAAAUAAAUCCGAGACAGGUCCUUAUCUUCAUUUGAUUGAUUGUCUUAAUCUAAUAAAAAGACAUAAUCAAAGUUUUCAUGUCCAAAGAAUUCUACUGUCAAUUAUAAUGAAAAGAAGACAAAGAAAUGAAAUUACCAUAAAUAUUUAAGGAGCCUAGCAUGGAUUAGUUAAAUGAAUUGCUAAUUAUAAAAAAAUUACCUAUGCUAAAGAUGAAAGAACAUCCAAUUUAAUUGUCUGGAGAAGCUAGAACCAUCAACAUUUAAAUGCGUGUAAAUGAAAUUGGG